CCAUAAACCUCUAAAGCUCUUUCUUUCAGAUUCCUCUCUAUCCAUUUGAUAGACUCGCCACAAAAAAAAUCAGUUUCUCUCUCUAAGCAAAGAAAAACUGAAGGAACUCCAUUCUCACAAGGAAUGGCAUCGUCGCAUCGAUAGUUACUGAAACGGAUGUGAUUCAACACAUUUCUAUGCGGUCCAAUAAAAUGGGGAAGCUUAAGCAAUGUUGGUCGAGUGUGCUAGUGUUGGCAAUAGUGGUGAUCGGAACAGGAGCCGUUCCCAUCACUUAUCUACAAAGCGCCGUAGCUAAAGGAGCCGUGUGUUUGGAUGGGAGUGCACCAGCCUACCAUUUCGACAAAGGGUUUGGUUCGGGAGUUAACAACUGGAUUGUUCACAUGGAGGGAGGAGGAUGGUGUACCGAUGUGGCUUCAUGUAUUAAGCGUAAGGGUACAAUGAAGGGUUCGUCCAAAUUCAUGAACAAAGACUUUGGUUUCUCCGGUAUCUUGGGUGGCAAGCAAAACACUAACCCAGAUUUUUACAAUUGGAAUAGAAUCAAAGUACGUUAUUGUGACGGAUCAUCUUUCACCGGCAAUGUAGAAGCUGUUAAUCCGGCGAAUAAGCUGUUCUUCCGCGGUGCACGAGUUUGGCGUGCGGUGAUCGAUGAUCUCAUGGCUAAAGGAAUGAAAAACGCUCAAAAUGCGAUACUCUCGGGUUGUUCAGCCGGAGCAUUGGCGGCAAUUCUACAUUGUGACACUUUCCGCGCCAUACUUCCCCGGACAGCUAGAGUCAAAUGUGUUUCGGACGCCGGUUACUUCAUCCACGGUAAAGAUAUCUCAGGAGGAUCAUACAUACAAUCUUACUACAGUAAAGUUGUUGCACUCCACGGAUCUGCAAAGAGUCUUCCUCUUUCAUGUACCUCAAAAAUGAAACCCGAACUCUGUUUCUUCCCGCAAUACGUCGUCCCUUCCAUGCGAACACCGCUCUUUGUCAUUAACGCUGCAUUCGACUCCUGGCAGAUCAAGAACGUUUUGGCUCCGACGGGAGUAGAUAAGCGCAAAGAGUGGGCGAACUGCAAGCUCGAUCUCAAGAAAUGUUCGGCCGCUCAGCUCAAAACCGUCCAAGGGUUUAGAGAUGAGAUGAUGCGAGCAUUGUCUCCGGUCCACAGUACUCCGUCGAGAGGAUUGUUCUUGGACUCGUGUCACGCUCAUUGCCAAGGUGGAAGCGCCGCCUCUUGGUCCGGCGCCAAAGGUCCCCAAGUCGCCAACACGAAAAUUUCGGUAGCGGUGGGAAACUGGUUUUACGGCCGGAAGAACCCAUCGAUGGAUUCGGCGUUUGUGGAUAGAGCUUGGGACAAAUGGGUUACUGGUAAUGUCGGCUCUUCAGGAAGUCGUCCAUUGAAGGCUGCUGUUUUGAUUAACUACGACCCUGCAGCACCUUCUCGUCUCUUAUCAACAAUAGCUGAGCAAGAAGGGAUUGAUCUGUAUCCAGUUGAGCUGAAGCAGUUCAUCGAUUUCAUGAGACGUGGCAAUCUUCCUACCGACACCUUUGUUCUUGGUUCCAACCAGUACAUAAUAACAUCGAUCCACGAGAACUGGUUUGCUGCUCGGUGCUUAAACACAACCCAGCCUGCUGGUGAAGGAGCUAUUGUUAUGCAGACCGCGGUUUUUGUAUUGGUUGCUCUGUAUGAUGGAUCGAUUGGUUCAGCUUCUCGAGCUAUGGCUGCAGCUGAUCACUUUGCAUCGCAGCUGAGUAGGAAAAACUUGUAGCUUCAUCUUUUGCCAAGAUCACUAAAGAAACGAUAUUCUCUGUAUUGGAAGUAACAAACUUUUGAGUAUGUUUUUGAGAAGUAUUAUGAAAGUAAGGUGAAUGGUUUUUUCUUUA